AUGAGCGAUAAACGUGGUAGUUCUCCGGAUGAUGGCGAGCUCUCUGAUGACAGCCAUUCGCGUUCACAUUCCCGUCGUAGUGACUCCGAGGAAGGCGGAAAGAGUUCGAAAGAAGUCGAAUCAAAAUUACGAGCAAAUUUAUUAAAUCGAAUAUCCCAUAAAAAGAGGGAUGCCAGCGACGGAGAUGACGAUGAUGAGAGAUUCACGAUUCAGCCGAAAGAUGCUCAAAAAGCAAGAGAAGAGGCCCGAAAUCGAGAAAAGGAACGAGAUCGCGAAAGGGAUUCUCGAAAAAAUAUUGAAGAUAGAUUGAAAAGAGUGGAUCGCCAUCCCCGUGAUCUAGAUAUAAAGCAGAGGGAUCGCGAGAACAAAGCCCGCCAUGAGCGAUCUGGAAAGUCACGGCAUGAUGAUCGAGAUAGACACAAAAAACACGAGAAUUCCUCAAGUGAUGAAUUCAAGGAAAAACGACGGGAACGUGAUCGAUCGCAUGAACGUAGCCGACAUCGGAAUCGGGACGAUCGAAAAGACGAACGACACCGAAGGAAGGGAAAUUCGUCUGAUGAUGAUCAUUCGGCUGAACGAGAGCCGCCUAAAAAGCAAUAUCAAAUUCCGAAAGAGCCAUUAAAAUUAUCAAAACCGAAAACCAUAGAAACUGUGGAAAUAGUCGAUGUUGAAAUGUCUCCUAUCGAACUGCGUGAACCGGAAGAAGAGAAACCAAUCACUUCUUUCACAUUGGAAGCAGACGUAGGACCAAAAAAGUAUUCGAAAUUCGAAAGCGAUCCGGAAUCCGAUGAUGCGAUCAACGAGCAAUCGCCGCAUUCCUCACGUCAUCCAUCUGGUGGCGGUGAUUCUGAUAUUGAAGAAAUUGCCGAUGACGAAUCAAAAAUGGAUAAAUCUGUUGAUGAUGCGACAGACGAAGACGAUGAGCGAAAUUAUGAUGGAGUCAAAUGGCAAGAUUUGACAGAAGAACAACGAGAAAUGCUUGACGCAGAGACUCGAAAGAGACUAGAAGAUGCAUACCAGAAAGAGCUCAUAUCUCGUUUACCUGUCUUCUAUCCAGGCAUUAUGGGCUGUCGAAGUAUCGCGGAAUUCGAAUGUGUGAAUCGCGUCGAAGAAGGAACGUAUGGUGUGGUUUAUCGAGGAAGAGACAAAAGAACCGACGAGAUUGUCGCUUUGAAACGUCUCAAAAUGGAAAAGGAAAAAGAGGGAUUUCCGAUAACGGCGCUUCGAGAAAUUAAUAUGCUCCUGAAGGCUGGAAAUCAUCCAAAUAUCGUGAACGUGAAAGAAAUUCUCAUCGGAACCAAUAUGGACAAAAUCUACAUGGCGAUGGAGUUUGUUGAGCACGAUUUGAAGAGUUUGAUUGACACAAUGGUGAGACGAAACAAACGGUUUUCAACGGGUGAACAGAAAACUCUUCUUCGUCAAUUAUUGUCCGGAAUCGAGCACAUGCACAAUUUGUGGAUUCUGCACCGAGAUCUCAAAACAUCUAAUCUUCUUCUUUCGCACACGGGAAUUCUUAAGAUUGCUGAUUUUGGACUUGCCCGUGAAUAUGGAGACCCGCUGAAAAAAUUUACGCCCGUUGUUGUUACUCUAUGGUAUCGUUCUCCCGAAUUACUUCUCGGAUCAAAGUAUUAUUCGACACCAGUCGAUAUGUGGUCAAUCGGAUGCAUUAUGGCCGAAUUUAUUCUACUCAAACCUCUAUUUCAAGGACGCGGUGAAAUUGAGCAACUCAAAAAAAUCUUUCUUGAACUUGGAACGCCGAGCGAAAAAAUAUGGCCCGGUGUCAAGGAACUUGACGGUUGGAAAUCAUUGACAUUUGAGAAUUAUCCAUACAAUCAGCUGAGGAAGAAAUUCCUCGCCGGUAGACUUCUCAAUGAUACUGGCUUCAAAUUGCUUAUGCGAUUUUUGACGUAUGACCCGAAUGAGCGAAUUACUGCGACGGACGCUCUUGAUCAUGAUUGGUUCAGAGAGAAUCCUCUUCCAGUGCCACCGGAAGAAUUCCCAACAUUCCCAGCGAAGAGCGAACAACACAAAGCGCCACCACCAGCGAUGAAGAAAUCGACAGCUCAGAGCAACUUAGAACUUGUCGAUCCGGAAACCGCCAAACUGCUGAAACAAUUUGAAGUGAAACCCGAACACAUAAAAACUAGCGGCUUCUCGUUGAAAUUUGGGCCGGCAAGGUUUUGA